AUGAAAGGGAAGGAUGAUCUACUAAGUCACUUCAACGAGCAGCUAAACUGGCUGAAUCUCAAGCUACAAGGCAAGGAAAGAAAUGUGUUUCACCACAUGGAUUGUAUUCGUCCAUUUCAUGACAAACUCCAGAACUGGCAAAGGAAAGUCAGUGCAGGAAAUGUUGCCAUGUUUGAGAAUAUCUCAACUGUUCUUGACGAGAUUGAAGAGGAUCAUUUACUUGACCCAUCACUCAAAAAUGAAAUAAUUCAGCACUUGAAAUCCUUGGAAAGUGAGCUCAUAAGGUACUUCCCAGAAUUCGAGGAGGAAGAAGGGAAAUUGAUGAGGAAUCAUUUCUCUGGCACUCUUGAUAUUGCUGCCAUUUCCGACGAUGGUCAGGAUGAAUUCUUUGAUCUCAGGAACGAAUCUGCUGCGAGAGACCUCUAUGAAGAAAAAUCUCUGACUGUAUUCUGGUGCUCAAUUAUAAUUAUCAGUCAUAUUCAAAAGCUA